UGUCCUCCACAUCUGCCUCUUCAUUAAGUUUUCAACUUAUAAGUGUUGGGUUUUUUGUAGAUAGAUAAAUAUGAGUUUAGUUGGUAAGUUGGAGGCUGAAGUUGAAAUACAGUCUUCCGCUGAUAAGUUUUAUCACAUAUUCAGGAGUAGAGCACACCACAUCCCAAACAUCUGCCCUGAAAAAGUUUCAGGUAUUGACGUGCAUGAAGGUGACUGGGAGAAUGUAGGCUCAAUCAAGAAAUGGAAUUAUGUCCUUGAUAAAAAUGCUGAAUCUCUCAAGGAGACAGUUGAAUCCAUAGAUGAUGAAAACAAGGUGGUAACUUUCAACGUCGUUGAAGGAGAGAUCAUGCAGUGCUACAAGAGCUUCAAAUCAAUCCUCCAAGUUAUUGAAAAGGGCGAGGGGGCCUUAGUUAAGUGGACUAUUGAAUAUGAGAAGGUCAAUGAGAAUGCCCCAACACCAGAUAAAUAUUUGGACUUCGGAGUUGGUGUUACUAAAGAUAUUGAUGCACACCUUGUCAAGGCAUAAUGCUAUUACAUAAAUGAACUUUUUACUUGAUUUUCUUAAUGCUAGAUACAAGGUAUGGGUCACAUCUGUAUUUAUUAAUAUAGACCCUACCACUUUGUGUCCUAUAUUAAGAAAAUAUGAUAAAAAUCCAUUUAUGUACAACAUUAUUUUUGGCAGUAUUAUGAAGUUGUAUUGCGAAGCUUUGAGUUCUUUAUUGUGUGCUAGUUUUGCUGGUUUGAGUGUUUGUGUUUUUCUUUCCUCUGAUGUGUGUAACAUAAGGAAGACUUACUAUUUUAUGUUCUAUGUGAAAAUAUAGGUAAAUAAAUGUUUAUGAAUUUUACUUCAUUAUGCCUUUUAAGCUUUUUAAAAAGCUUUUAGGGUAAUUAUAUCAAUCUUACCCACCA